UCUCUGUCUCUGAAAAGGAGGUUCCCCCUGAGCAGCAACACUGUGAGCAGGAGUGGAGCCCCAGUCUGGGGCAGAAGGACCCAGAGACCACACAGAUUGCAGAGGAACAGGAGGAACUCAGGACCAGUCAGGAGGAAGAGCAGCUUCAAGGGGUUGAGCCUGAUAUCAUAAAGUUCAUAUUCACUCCUUCCUGUGUGAAACGUGAAUGUGAUCUGGAGGACCCACUUCGGGAUCUGAAACAUUUUGGCACUGUGACCCACCUAAAGGGUCUGGACAUUCCCUGUGACCCUCCAGAUAAUCAAAACAAUGCCUACAGCCACAGUUCAGCCAUAAGCAGUGACCCAGUAGAACUUGACAGCAACCCACCAUUGGAUCCCAGCCCACCAUUGGAUCCCAGUCCACCAUUGGAUCCCAGCCCACCAUUAGAGAAACACUGUUCCAAACCCAGCACCACGUCUAGAAGAACUCACCACUGCCGUGACUGUGGUGAAGCGUUUGCUCUGAAAGCUGACAUGCAGAGGCAUGUGACUCACACCAGGAAGAGACCCAGUGAAUGCAGCUUCUGCAAGAAACGCUAUAACUCCACCUGUCAACUGAAGGCCCAUGUCCAACUCUGUCACAGUGGGAAACCCUGCACCUGCCCUGUUUGUGGAAAGACCUUCAAAUACAAAGGAGCUCUGUCCAGGCACAUGAGUAUUCACACAGGAGAGAAAUCAUUUCGCUGUGGUGACUGUGGGAAGAGCUUCAAUCGCAAGGAGUAUCUAACCAAACAUAAAUGGACUCACACAGGGGAGAAACCAUUUAGCUGUGGUGACUGUGGGAAGAGCUUCAAUCGCAAGGAACAUGUAACCGUGCAUAAACUGACUCACACGGGAGAGAAACCAUUUAUCUGUGGUGACUNGAAGAGCUUCAAUCGCAAGGAACAUGUAACCGUGCAUAAACUGACUCACACGGGAGAGAAACCAUUUAUCUGUGGUGACUGUGGGAAGAGCUUCACCCAGAAGAUUAACCUGCUGACGCAUUUCAAAAAAAUCCACAAAGGAAGAGAACAGGAUGAAUACUGAAAGAAAAAAAUUACAUUAGAACUAAGAUCUUCUGUCAGAAGACGGGAAUAAAAAAGCAGGAUGUGAGCAGAGCAACUUCCUGUUGGUCUCAGGUAAUUGGACGUGAGAAAGUUAUGUAAACAUUUUUAUGGAAUUAAGUUUGAUUUGAAUGAUGAGGUAGUGAUCAAACACUACACAGUUUUUUAGGAAAAUCACAGCUCUGCUGUUCAAAGUGUUGAUAUUUUCACAUCAUUAUAACAGGAAUUCUUGAUCAUUUGUUUUGGAAUGUUUCCCAGGGUGAUGACAGGUGAAUGCCUGAGUGAGUGUGCAAAGCUGUCAUCAAAGGAAAGGGUGGCUACUUUGAAGAAUCUCAAAUAUAAAACAUAUUUUGA